AUGGCAGUUAGCUGCAGACAGAUUCUGGGUUUGGUCGCAGCCAUCAUUGGUGUUCUAGGGACAAUAGUUAUCUGUUUCCUCCCAUUGUGGAAAGUCUCAGACUUCAUUAGUGCUGACAUUGCCACUACUUAUGUGAUCUUUGAGGGUUUGUGGGUGAACUGCAUUCUGCUGACUACAGAUGAGAUGGAGUGCAAAGAGUAUGAUUCUAUGCUCACCUUACCUCAAGACCUGCAGGAUGCCAGAGUGCUCAUCGUUUUUGCUAUCAUCAUCCAGUUCUUUGGGAUUGUGCUUGGUGUGGUUGGGGCCAAGUGCACCAACUUUAUACCAGACGCAAGGCAAAAGACCAAAGCGGAUAUAGCUUCUGGAGUGUUGUUACUCAUUGCAGCUAGCUUGGUGGCCCUGCCUGUCCACUGGACCACACACGCCAUCGUAAGUGAUAUGUUCAACCCUGACCUGGCAAACGAUCAAAGGAGGCAUCUGGGAGCUUCACUCUUCAUCGGCUGGGUGUCCGCAGGACUGCUAUACCUGGGAGGAGCCCUUCUCUGCUGCUCCUUUUUCUGCAGGAAUGAGACAGAAUGUGACGUUAAAUCUGCACAUACUAACACUAAACAACAACGUUCAUCUAGACAGCGUUCUACUAGAAACAAGAAAAAGGUUUCAUGA